UCUCCUUCCACCACUUGGUGACAUCCACCUUCCAAUUACUUUCCUUUCUCAAUUCUCAGAUUUAAGCCCUCUUUGCCUUUGCCUUUGCCUUUGUGUAGAAAGAAAACUUGAGACUUCUCACCUCCCAAGUCAGAGUCUUUCAAACGAUGUCGUCGCGGAGAGAUCUAGAAAGUGGUGGCGCAACCAAGAACAGCAACAUCACCUACUCUGCUGCUCCCACGUCCUACGUUUUCGAUUCUCAAGUCCAUUGGACAUCGUGGCUCGUGCCUCUCUUUGUGGCAGUUAACGUUGUCGUUUUCGUUGCGGCCAUGUAUGUCAACAAUUGUCCCAGCAAAAAUUUCAACUUUCAAGGGGACUGUGUUGCCACCUUCCUGGGUCGCUUCUCCUUCCAGCCCCUUAGGGAGAAUCCCUUGUUUGGGCCUUCUUCGUGGACCUUAAUAAAGAUGGGAGCACUUCAAUGGGAUGAUGUCGUGAAUCAUCAUCAAGGAUGGAGACUUGUCACUUGCAUUUGGUUACAUGCUGGAGUUGUUCAUUUGGCAGCAAACAUGUUGAGUCUGGUUUUCAUUGGCAUUCGCCUUGAACAACAAUUCGGGUUUGUGAGGAUAGGAAUCAUUUACCUAUUGUCUGGAUUUGGAGGGAGUGUACUGUCUUCUCUAUUUAUUAGAAACAACAUCUCUGUUGGUGCUUCUGGUGCUCUUUUUGGACUUCUUGGAGCAAUGCUUUCAGAACUUAUUACUAAUUGGAGUAUUUAUACCAAUAAGGCAGCUGCUUUGUUCACACUCCUGUUUAUUAUUGUCAUCAAUCUCGCCAUUGGAAUGUUGCCACAUGUUGAUAACUUUGCUCAUAUUGGGGGAUUCCUCACAGGAUUUCUUCUUGGUUUUAUUUUGCUGCUCCGCCCUCAAUUUGGGUGGUUAGAGCAGCGGCGUCUCCCAGCCGGUGUUCGCCUCAAGUCAAAAUACAAGGCUUACCAAUAUGUUCUGUGGAUUGUUUCUAUUGUUUUAUUGAUUGUUGGGUUAUGCAUUGCUCUUGUGAUGCUAUUUAGGGGUGAGAGUGGGUAUGAUCACUGCCAUUGGUGUCACUAUCUAACGUGUGUUCCAACUUCUAAAUGGAAAUGCAAUGACAAUUAAACAAAAGAGGCACGAGCUAUAUUCCUUGUUAUAUGUAUAGCAAUAGCUCUUACAAUCUGCGUUUGUUCUGUUAAUUUUUUUUUGUUAAUUUCUGUCUAAAAUCAGUCGUUGAUUUGACUGUGGAUUUAUGUGUAUUAUGCAUAUAUAAAGAAAUUUAUUUUGUACAUGAAAAUUCAUUUACAUUAUCCAUUCAUAUUGUGCGUUGAA